AUCAGGAGCCUGUUUCCAAGGUGGUUCAGGAACUGGGAUGCAGCCUUCACAGCAGACACAGCUCUUAGUCCCACAUGGAUCAGUCACCAGGCCCCCAGGACUGUCUCUAGCUCCCAUGUUUGUAACCUUCCCCCGAGCUCUGACCGGCUCCGCUCUUGGUGAAUGUGGAACCUGCAAGGCUGCUUGUCCUUCCUGGAAACUUCCUGUACAGCCCCAGAGAUGGCGACCAAGGCCGUGUCUACGCUACAAAGGCUGCUGUCAGAGGGAGGCUCUAACGCAGCAGGCUGCUGAAAGGACCCACAGGCCAGUGACCAGGGGCUCAGCUCACCGCGAAGGCAGGACAAUGGCGACGGACAAUAUCUAUGAGAACAUGCCGAUGACAGAAGCUGCUCCCCAGCCCAAAGAUCUCCGGGCACAGAGCAAGCUGCAAGCGGUUGAAGAAGCAGUGCAGAAGCUCCAAGUCUCUCUGCAGCCUAACGACGCCUCGGACGCGUCAGCAAAGAGAUCAGACACUCUGCAGCUAUUGGAAGAAGCGCAGGCAGGAGUCCGGCUGCUGAAAGACCUGCUGGGUAACGUCAGCGCAGCAUAUGGAGAAAUCCAGAUCCGUCUGGACAUCAGUGAAGCGCGAGCAGCAGUGAAAGAUUGCUGCAGUGAUGUGCUGACAAAGCUCUCCUGGGGCUGGAAGCUUUACAGUGGGAACCUCUAUUACUUUUCAAAAGGAAAGAAGUCGUGGGAAGAGGCUGAGCGGUUUUGUGUGUCUCAGGACUCGCACCUGACCUCUGUCUCCUCCCAGAAAGAACAGGAGUUUCUCUCCAGCGAGACCAAGGGAGAAGCUCAUUGGAUUGGACUCACCGACCAGGAGACAGAAGGCAGCUGGCAUUGGGUGGACAGAACAGAAUACAGAGCAGACGCAAGCAGGGGGUUCUGGGAGGAGAAUCAGCCAGACAACUGGGAUCAGGGGACAGGAGGCAAAGAAGACUGCGUUGAGAUCCGCACAAGGAAGCUGAAUAUGUGGAAUGAUGCCAAUUGCACUCUGCCUUCUAGGUGGAUUUGUAAGCAGGCCCAUGGACAGGCUGGGCUGUGACAUGCAGGUCCCAGCACCUCAGAAAGCGCCUUAAUUUCCAAGCUAUGGAGCAUGUUUCCCACCCACCUGCCAAUGAGGAGCCCUGUGUACUGGCGGGGAUCGCAUGGGAUGUGCAUCACAGGGACGCUUUGUCUUGGUGUGAUAUUUCUGGCUGUAGCAGAGAGAGCUGCCCUUAUGCCGCUCAGUGUGGCUGGCUCUGUAAUUUGUAUGUUUCCUGGUCUGUCACUG